UAUAUUAUUAUUCCUUCCAAUCAAUGGCAUCAUGGACGAUUCUAUGCCUCUGCUGAGGAUGCAAUGUAUAUAUUUUGCAAGUGAUCUUCAUAAUAGGAGCGAUCUGAGGUUAUGUGGCAUCAGCAGGCAGUGUUGAAAACAGCUUCGUCCUUUAGAGGUGUUGGUGGAACCAUUGUGUGAAGAACGUUUAGGAUGUGUGGAGAUAGUUAAACAGACGGCAUUAGUGUGUGCUAGUUUUGUCGUACACAUUUUGAGACUUGUGCAAACGUGGUGUAUGUAACGACGAGCGGAAGUGGUCAAUCGGCAGACGACAUUUGAAAUCAAACCCUAUAUUUUUUGAAGAAACAUAGUCUUCAUUCUUGCUGUGAAGACGUUUUCAUCAUACAUCGGUUAGCAAAUAGCAAGAGGUCCUUCGGUGCAUAUGAACUGAUAUGGAGUGAGCAGACGACACACGUACAUUUGUAGAGCUAUAAGGUUUUGGCGGGAAAUAGCUGCUGGUGAUAAAGGGUUAUCUUUGCGAAGUGAUAAUCUGAUUCUGAUGAUUGCAUGUGACUGCUGACUUUGACAACGAAUGUUACAGUGUCAUAGCCAUGUCGUCGGAGACAUCGUUGUUGACAGUUGACGAAGGGAAACCAUUGGUUUACGACCCAUCUUUCAAAGGACCAAUCAAAAAGAGAUCAUGCACGGACAUCAUCUGCUGUAUUCUAUUCCUGGCGUUUGUGGCGGGCCAGGUAGUCGUGGGCUUCUAUGCCUAUGCCUAUGGGGACCCCACCCUACUGCUCUACCCCCAGGAUUCUGAGGGUAACCUGUGUGGAAUUGGUUCAAUGAGGGGGAAGACCGACCUCUUCUUCUUCGACCUGACGGAGUGCGGCCGGAUGGGGCCAGGUGUUUUCAUCAACGGUUGCCCCACACCCCAGGUGUGUGUGUCAAGCUGCCCAACUUCCAACUAUGUGGCGUUUCCUGACUUCCUUAAAACCGGGAACGCUGCGUCAGAUUUAAUAUGUGUUGACGGAGCAGACAAAACAAAGCAAGUGAGCGAGCUAGUAACGUCGAAGGCCUGUGCUCCGUUCUACUUGAAGAGUACCUCAGUUGUAAACAGAUGCCUGCCAGAUAUAAGCCAGUUCGUCAGUUUGGGUAACAGCGCUGCUGAGGUGGCGACCUCUGCCGGAAGCAACAUCCCCAUCACAGAUGGCAGCAACAAUACAGUCACAGGGGAGGCCCUGAAGGUGGCUGAGGAGCUUCAGCAAAACAUGAAUAUAACACCGAGUGUCCUUGAGCGCAGUGUCAGGGUGUUCCAGGCUUUUCUCAAGGCCAAGGAAUAUGGAGAGAAGAUUAUCUCGGACAUUGUGGAGACCUGGUACUUGAUCCUCGUGUGUCUGGUGUUGACCAUGAUUGUCUCCCUUGUGUACAUCGUCAUCAUGAGAUGGAUAGCCGGAUUCAUGGUGUUCUUCAGCCUCGUCGCCUUCGUCGGCAUCUUCGGCGCAGGCUCCGGCUACUGUUUCUAUCAAUGGUACUACUCCCGAGGCAGCCAAGAAUCCUACACGAUCUACAUGGGGGGUCUGACCUUCACUUUUCAGAAGGAAAAGCUAUUUCUCGGAUGCGGCAUAACAGCGGGCGCCGUCUUCCUCAUCGUCAUGCUCAUCCUGCUCUUCCUCAUCUCCAGGAUCCGAAUCGCCAUUGCUCUCAUCAAGGAGGGAAGCAGGGCAGUGGGGAACAUGAUGUUCACCCUCGUCUGGCCGAUCUUCCCCUUCAUCCUGCAGCUGGCCGUCGUGGGGGUCCAGCUGGCCAUCGCUGUCUACCUCGCGUCUAUUGGACGGAACCAGCAACUUGGCCAGAACAACAUCACGUUCGCUAACGGGACUGUCAACGAGGAUUUGGUCAAGCAGACCACUAAAAACCUGUUCCAACAGAUACCCUGUGACACAGAUGCGAAUGACACCACUCUUGGGAACGUGUGUGGUUACUUGAAGUACGGCCGCGGAGACUUCACCAUCUACCUUCAAAUCUACAACAUCUUCAUGCUGUUCUGGAUGGUCAACUUCGCGGUUGCCCUCGGUCAGAUGACCCUGGCCGGAGCCUUCGCCUCGUACUACUGGGCGUGGGACAAGAGCAAGGACAUCCCCGCGUUCCCCCUGGCUAGCUCCUUCUGGCGGUGCUUCAGGUAUCACCUGGGCACCCUGGCGUUCGGCUCUCUUAUUAUUGCGAUAGUACAGAUGAUCCGGAUCUUCCUGGAGUACCUGGACCACAAGCUGAAGGGGAGCGAGAACGCUGUGGCCAAGUUCUUUUUGAAAUGUCUGAAGUGUUGCUUCUGGUGUCUGGAGAAGUUCAUCAAAUUCAUCAACAAGAAUGCCUACAUCAUCACCGCCAUCUAUGGGAAGAAUUUCUGCAUGGCAGCAAAAGACGCCUUUUUCCUCAUCCUCAGGAACGUUGUCAGGGUUGUCGUAAUAGACAAGGUGACCGAUUUCCUGCUCUUUAUCGGAAAACUGGUGGUCGUGGGACUUGUAGGAGCGGGCUCCUUCUUUUUCUUUGAUGGGAGGAUUCCGUACUUAGCCAAGUACACUCCUAACCUCAACUUUUACGUUGUCCCAAUUGUGGUGGUCAUAAUCGGCAGCUACAUAAUCGCAGCCUGCUUCUUCAGCGUGUACGGGAUGGCAGUGGACACCCUCUUCCUGUGUUUCUUGGAGGAUCUGGAACGUCACGACGGGUCAGCAGAUAAGCCGUACUACAUGAGCAAGGAGAUGAUGGGCAUCCUUGGGAAGAAGAACGCCAUCCCUAAGAAGAAUGACUGACCAGUGACACUUCGCUGAUAGGACGUCACAGCUGCAGCGACCCUAACAUUCUAGAUGAACCUUAGAUAGUUGCAGAGAUAUUUUGAACCUUUGUGUCCAUGGCAACUAUUUGCUCUCUACUGUGAUACUUGUAUAUGCCUUGACUCAGUAUUGUGUACAAACAUAUUUUUAUCAGAAUAAGAUAAUUAUCCACGAUGAGGGCAACUCUCGGUUUGAUCAAGGCCCUCAUUAGGGAUACUUAAUAAUACUCGUGUGUGAAAUGGAAAUGACAAGUUUGUAUACAUAUAUCUAUUUCCCCUUUCCCUGCACAAAAGCUAGUUUGAUUUAUUUUCUAGUUAUAGGGGCCACUGGGGACACGGGUGGCCCAGUCGUCUAAGGCGCCGCGAUUCGCUGUGUAGAGUUGCGUCCCUUGGGCACGCCAGAAACCUAUGAUUGUGGGUUCGAAUCCCGGUUCGCCCCGAUUAUGUUUCUA